AUGUUGCCCGUGGGCGCCAUGGGGUCCACCAUAACUUUUCCUGGCACCCGCCAAGUCUGGUACAUAAGCGGCAUCAGCAGAAACAAGGCCCAACUCCUUCUCCUCUCAUCCCCAAAUCGGCACGGAUCCUUCCUCAUCCGGGACAGCGAGAGCAACAAGGGCGAGUACUCUCUUUCAGUUCGGAAUCAUGCCAAAGUGAGACAUUUCAGAAUCUACAAGGACCCCGGGGGGAACUUGUACUUGGAAAAGGAACACACGUUUCCCAACCUGGAGCAGCUCCUGGCUUAUUACACGGUCAACUGGAAAGCCAUCCAGAGUCCCUUGCUUCAUCCCUGCAUCCAAAAGAGGUCUCCAGAGACAGACCAAUGGGAACGUCCCCGUUCAGAAUUCACGUUGUGGAGGAAGAUGGGAGAAGGAUGUUUUGGAGAGGUGUGGGAAGGAAUGUGGAAGAACACAGUGCCAGUGGCCAUCAAAAUCAUGAAGCAAG